CGAGCGAGGGCCCGGGCCGCGCCCGCCAUGGCCUCCCGCAGCGCCCGCCCCGCCCCGAGCCAGCACCGCGCCGCCUACCUGCCGCCGGCCCUCAUGCCCGGGUACCGCGGGCAUGUCCCCAACACGGUGUUUUCCUUCGGCGACACCUACGGGAACACCACUCUGAAAUACUUCCAGGAUUUCCGCAAUGCUGCCAUGGAGACCAGCCACUGCCCAUACAGCAAAGGCGGCCAGUUCCCCACCCUCUUCUCGCCUGACCCUGGCUUAGUGCUGGGGUGCAGGGCGCGGGGCUGGGACAGGUGGCUGCACGUCCCUUCCUAUUCCCGCUUCAACUUGGAUUUCAACCGCUCCGAAGAGCUGAAGGAGUUUUACAAGCUUUCCCAGAGGCACCGCGAGCAUUACCGCGACAAGACCGGGACAGAGUAUGUGGUUCCCUACUUUGUGCUGCCGGUCAAGGAGAAGGACAAGUACCCCCACCCUCUUGAUCUCCCGCCUCUGAGUGCGAAGACCCAAUGGCAUUUAUUCCGCGUGUCUCCAGAGAAUCUGCGGACGUACCAAACCUUCCCCUCAGGGAAGAGGGUGACCUCCCAGGAGAGAGAAGUCAGAGACAGCUAUUUUGAAUACAGAGCAUAAGGAGAGAGGUUCCCCUUCUACCGCCGGUUCCUAGAUGAGGAAGGAACGGUGAGAAAUAAAGCACUGGGAGUUAGCAACCCCCCUGGAUUGUCUCUCCAGGCUGUGGCUGUUUCUAGACAGGACAGCUCUUUCGUUACCCACCUGCAGUGCAAGGAGAGGCUGUGCGUGUGGCUGCAAUAAGUCCCAGACCAUGCGCCUGCCACUGUAGAUGUACAUUUUACACAGAGAUAAAGGACAAGUGGGGUGUGUCCUGAACGCAACAGAUUCAGCAGCUGUCGGUGAGAAUGUGGAGGCUCAGCUCUGGCUGGCACAGCCUUCUAUUGUCCUCCCGCGAGAUGGGGAUCAAAGCAGAAGCUCCGCCCUCAACUCAAACUGGACCAACAAUCCAGGCUCAGCUCUUUUGUAAGAGGCACCGCUCACAGCAGGUGGGCAGGCCUCCAUAAUAGGUUUUCCUCUCCUCUUCCUCACAUAGGUUUUUGGCAGAGAAAUAGUUAAUAAUGCUGACAAUUAAAUGGUCACCAUUAGGCUUCAGAGUUAACACCCACCAGCGUAAAUAGAACCAUUGACGCUUCUCUCAGAGUUGUUGUUUCAGGCUCUCUGAGGACUCAGGGUCACAACUGGAUGCUUUUCUACUCCACUAUAAGGGCCAGAGACUUGUUUUUAAAUGAAAGCUUAGAUUCUGGAGCAAAGAGGGCAGGCAGCAGGGAAACGGACUCCUUUGCCAACCCCCUGGGAGAACUAUUUAUACAGAGGAUAUAAGAACUGGUUUCUGUUAAUUGUUCUUCCAUGUUUUGUAAAAAAGUAGUCCCUCAUAAACCUAAGAACCAGCGUGCAGCCUGUUGCUGCUCUGAUCCGCAGCCUCAGGCCAGACCAGGAACCAGCAUAGUCUGACGAGCCCACCUACUGCAGUGCAGCCCCACCGUCAGUUUACUGUCAGGUUCACAGGGUGAAAUUCACCAGCCCCAGGAACUCCCACCUGAGCACAUAGGGCUUGUCUGGGCCGUCUGUACGAGGCCAAUUUCCCCCUGGAUGAACAGUGAGAGUAAAGCAGCAGAAGUGUUGAAAGAAGAUGCCCCAGAGAUAGGCCCACACCCCCCUUGGCUGUGAGUCAGGGGUCCCAUUAACUUAAGCCUUAUCGCUCUUUUUUGGUGCUAUUGCUCAUGAUGCAUGCUGCUGUCUUUCCCAGGCAGGUCACAGAUUCAGAGUUCCUAGGGCUAGGAGAUCAUCUAGUCUGGCCUCCUGUGUCGCACAAGCCAGAGAAUUUCACCCAAUUCCCCCCAUCCUGAGCCCAGCAACUGGCCCUGGCCCUGCAACCAGGCCACCAGUGAGGAUCUGAAGACAUGGAGAGAUGGACAAGCUGCUGCUUCCCUUGGGAGUUUGUUGGAAUGGUUAGUCGCCCUCCCUGUGGUCUUAUUUCUAAUUUGAAUAUGUCUGUGUAAUGCGGGACAUUCCCCCCACUGUCUCCCGCCCCAGGACUCUGGCAGCUUCCCACAGGGAUCUCCCUGCUCCUUGUAAAUCCUAGCUCCGUGCUCUCGCUCGGGAGCCUUCCUUGAUCCAGCCUCGCUCCCCCAGGCCCUACUCAGAAAGGGCAUUCCCCAGAACAUAAGAAUGGCCAGACUGGGUCAGACCGAAGGUCCAUCUGCCCAGUAUCCUGUCUUCUGACAGUGGCCAAUGCCAGGUGCUUCAGAGGGAAUGAACGGAAGAGGGCAAUUAUCAAGUGAU